UAACGACUAGGAUCAAGUCCUCGCAAAUAUUUUCGACUAGGCUUUGUUAUCGCCAAACAAGUCUGUUGAUAUAACUGCAUCCAGAACCUGGCAAUUUAAAAAAUGACCAUCUGAAAAGGAAAAGAAAAUGAUCCUUUCCCUCAUCUGUCUCCUCUGUUGGAAGGCUAAUAAUAUGUCAAUGAGAAUGGCUCAAAAUUCCAAGAAUUAUAGGGUCCUCAAGCUGGUGCACCCUGGAGGCUUCAUUGAGAUUCAUCAGAAGCCAAUAACAGCUUAUGAGGUCAUGAAAAAGAAUCCCAGACACUGUGUUACACGUCCAGAUGUGUUCAGGUAUCCAUGGGUUGUGGUCAGGCCCGAGUCGGUUUUGAAGCCUGGCAGUGUCUUUUAUAUUGUUCCAUUCCAUACUAUUCAGAGUCUGAUGCAAAGAAACAGAUGCCUCUAUCAGAACUAUUUGUUCCAGGAACAGGAUUCCAUCGACUCUUCUGUUGAGCUAACAUACUUCCAUCAAUUUCUGGAGGAGCGAAGCUCUGGUAUUUCGCAGAAACGAACUAAAGUAGAUUGCAAGAUUGAUCAGUAUGAUGCAAUUUUUCCCGAGGGGCUAAUUAGAAAUAAGAAGUGCCCUGAACCAGCCUAUUAUCAAGGAUCAUUAAUCAAGUCUCGGUUCAAGCUUGAACAUUUAGAUGACUCUCUUAAGAUUCAAUACCUAAUUGAUCAUUUGCUAACAGCUCAUGAUUGCGAAAAUCAUGUAGAAUUUGAGCAGCAAGAUACCUCUUUCAUCGAGCCAAGGCCUGCAUUUUCAUUAGAUACUGCUUCAAGCAAUGUUCCCAUUGAUGAUAUAUUUCUAAAAGUUGAUAGUGGAUUAGAGCCUAACGUUUUGAAGGAGAAGCAGUCAUUAAAAUCUUGCUUGAAGAAGGACAACCGAGGUAGAUCGCAUGGUUUCAGGGUAACAUUUGCAUCUUCCAGAUGAAGUUGAUGAGAAAGUAAAAGUUCUAAAAAAUUUCAACCAAUAAAAUCUCCAUAGCUUCUUGUAACUUUCAGACUCAGAAUCUUUUUAUUUUAUUUUGGAUCAUGCACUGAACUAGCUUAUUAUGUUUCGGAUACAAUCCACGGAAUCAGCAUCAUUUAGGAGUACUUAUCAUAUGAGACAUGAUGUAUGUUUCGAGAUUAAUAUCCUGAUGGAUAACAGUCUGUUGUCUGUCUUUAAUAAGCUACAGUUGAUUACCUGGUUCAUUUUAUGAAUUGUCUGCUGGAUUUGGUCUGUAAUCUGAUAAAAGAAUUUAAAGGGCGCUUUUAUGAACAAUGU